AUGAAAGAUUUCGAAGUGAUGGGAUAUAUCCUGAAGAAUGGUCAGGACAUGGAAUGGACAGAUGAUAUGAACGAAAUAAAGCUAAUGAUAGAAGCCGCAGUGACGAAGGAUAUAUGUGAUAGGUUGAAGAUGGCACUCGAGUCGCUAACGAAUGUUCCGGGGGAUGAAAUGGACUGCCAACUUGUUUCUUUGUUUGCACAUCCAAAUCGAGGAUAUCUACACCUAUCGUUCGACGGCGAAGAAGAUGUAAUGAACAGUGACUAUCUCAGAGGGCUGCCGAACCAGUUAUACGAGUUGUUCAAUAAUGUGACGAAGAAAAACAUAGAGAAAGAUGGACCUGUGGCUGGACGCAUGCAACAACAUGUGGUGGACAGCCUGAGAAACGGCCACAUAGCUAUUCGGAUUGGUCUGGAGGUGUAUGAAAAUGGUGAAUUCAUUGGGUGGCGCAGUGAGUUCAACCAUCGCGAUAAGUUGAUGGAUAUUGAAAGCAGCAUAUGCGAUGAUGUUGUAAUAUGGGCCAAACAAUUCAUUCAGCUGCAACAAUCGAUUGUUCAUUGUUCGGUGAAAGGGCCACAUCGGAUUUUCGCAGUGGGAUACUUUCAGGUGUUGUUUAAUUCCAUGGGCAGUGACAGCUGGAACAAGAGUCUAGUUAUCAGUGCAUUUGAGUCUACAAAAGCGAAUCCAUGGGCGACAUAUGAUAUUACAAGUGCUCAUUACCGUUUCAGUAAGUAUUGUUAG